AAGCUUCAGUGUUCACAGUUCCAUCCUACACAGGAAACAGUUUAAAUAGAGUUCUGCUUGCUUGGUCACCUCCUUUAGUAGCGGUUAAACUAGCCAGGAAGUGCAGCACUGUAGUGUUUUUACAGACAGAGACGCAGUAAUUCAGUGCUUCAGUCUUUUAUAGGUCAGAAAUGUCUGACAGUGUUUAUGAUGAUGUUACCUGCAUUGAGGAGCUCAGCAAAGAAGAUAAAGUGGAGAUGGUGGUGGAUCUUUAUGAGAGUGCAGACGCUCAUAGUGGAGAUAAUGUGGAGCAGUUGAUGGUUAUCUAUGAGAGUGCAGAUUGUGUUAGAGGUCAUGAUCCCAUCACAGAGACAGAAGACACCAACACAAAGAAAACCCAGCAAACACGGAAAAAAGAGAGUCACACUGCAGACAGCAGAUUCUACAGACUGACUGCAGUGUGUCUGGGGCUGCUGUGUGUCCUCCUGCUGACGGCCACCAUAGCACUGUGGAUCAAACUUUACAGCUUAAUGACGUCAAAAGAGCAGUUACAGACCAACCUGACCACAGAGAGAGACCAGUUACAGACCAGUUACACCAACCUGACCAUAGAGAGAGACCAGUUACAGACACAGAGAGAUGCAUUACAGAAGAGGCUGUCUGAGCUGGAGAAACACAUUAACAACCCAGAAUGGAGAUACUUCAACUACAGUAUUUACUACAUCUCUACUGAGACUAAAACCUGGAAUAAGAGCAGAGAGGACUGCAGACAGAGAAGAUCAGACCUGCUGAUCAUCAACAGCAAAGAGGAACAGGACUUUAUUGAGAAGUUUAGAAGAGGUCAGAAGGCUUGGAUUGGUCUGACAUACAAUAAGACAGAGGGUGUCUGGAAAUGGGUGGAUGGCUCAGCACUGACCACUAAGUUCUGGAGAUCUGGAGAACCCAACGGUAAAGGAAAUGAAGACUGUGUUGUAACUGGCUAUGUGUCUGAUCCUGUUCAAAGCUGGGCUGAUUUUCCCUGUGAUAACAAGUUUGUUUGGAUCUGUGAGAAGAGAAUAUUUGAAUAGCUGCAUGUUAACAGUUGAAGCAGCAGUUAUUUAUGUAUUUAAUAACUGUCUGUCUACUAAUAAGAUUUGGCCUGUGUUCUGAUUAUACCUGUUUGUUUAUUUAUAGUAGUGUAAACAGGGAUAAUUCUGAUGUUAAAACAAAGCCCAGCCUGUUUAAGUAACGGGGAGUGAGGAGGCGAACGCACGUGCUGAGAUAAGCGAGAUUCAUUAUGG